GUGUGGUGUUCGCCUCAACGAGUUACACACGGCAAGUGGCGCGCGGCACGAGACGAGAGAACAUUUCAAAAGCAGAGACUACUUCUUGAGAGGAACUUCACUGAGGGCACAGCGGGCUCUACACAUGGCACGUUUUAUUGAACAAUGUUCCACCACGAACUACAGCAACUGCUAAGCUUAAUAGGACCACAGCCAAUCAAUGCAAUAAACAAAAGAUUCCGGCGCCCGCUUUGCCAACUGUACCUCCCCGGCUCUCCUGCGCCGGGGAAAAUGCAGCGUCGGCGGAAAUGGAAUCUCUAUCGCGCGUUGUUCCAAGUAGACCACGCAGUGCAAUGCAACCAGGAAAAAUAAAACUACCGAUUUAGAAGGCAGUGCAUAGGCCACACGACCACAGGGAACACCUCCUUCUUCACCACCACCUCUGCCACCUAAAAAGCCCCGUCGCACCAGCUGCCAUAUGGGUCGCGCGGCCCGUGAAUCCGAGGUCCGCAGGAGGACGGGCGGCGGGCCGGCGACCACAAUUCAGAUCGGGAAGAAGAAGCAACCGGAGCCCGAGGAGGAAAAGCCCGAAGAAUCUUCGUCAGAGGAUAGUUCCCAGUACGAUGACCUCCCCGGCUUCAUUUCCGCCGGCAUGCGGCAAAGGAGUAAGCCGCAGCUGGAUCCGGACGAAGAGAAGCGAAAAGAGGAAGAGAGCGCCGCCUACAUGCAGAAGAUGAUGGACAUGAGCAAGGACAUGAUCGCGCAGCGGGACGCGGAAGACUCGAAGAAGAUCCAGGAAUCCAGCAAGGCGUUGAGCGGCGCCGCGCGGCAGCGGGAGACGGAGAUGCAGACGUUUUUGCAGGAAAAAACUGACGACGUCGAUUUGCAGCACCGACAGAAAGUCUUGGAGUCCCUGACGGCGGAGGCGCACGUGGACAAGAAAGUGGUAGAAUUCGACAGCGAAUCGGAUCAGGAGAUGGUGGACGCGGCGGAGAUCGUCAAGGAAGCGCAGCGCAAGAUGGGGAUCGAAGUGUCCGAAGUGCGGGUAUGCAGUGCAAAAGCAUCGCACUAGUAGGAAUAGCAUGACAAAUAUUUCCAAGAAGAAAAAUAGAAUUUGUAUUGCUGAUUCACCUAAGAUAGGAGAUUUGUCAUGCAUCACAGCAAUUGCUACGAGUGCAAUUAUACUUUUGCAAUGCAUAGUGGGAAACGGUGGACAUUUUACGGGACAAGCUGAUGGUGAAGAACACGUUUUGGGGCCGGUUGAUGUAUCCUGUGCAAAAGUAUCGUGCUCGUACUACUUGCGUUUAUGCAUUACAAAUCUUUUUCUUUAGGCAAAUCCGCAUUACAAAUUUGAUUUGUAAUGCUAAGGCAAUUUGUAAUGCAAUUUAUAUUAGUACGAUGCUUUUGCUUUUGCAAUUCAUAUGAUGUUCCAAAAAGCGAUGGAGGAGAAGAGGCGGAAGCACCCUGAUUUCGUCCACCCCUUCCCCAAAACCUACGAACGGGUGAACGACUUGAAGUUCGAGGGCUGCGUCGCCUUUUUCAUGGUCUUCAACGGCGUGACCCUGGCGCUGGGGGCGGAGCGACACCCGGACGUAUCAAAUGCAAAUAUGUCUGGGUCUGGAAACUUGUAAUGCUGCGUUGGGAAUAGUGAAUGCCCUGUGAAGAUGCACAGCCAAGCAUGAGAAAUAUCUGCGCUUCUUCCUGGUGCGUUUUUCGCAUGACAAACUGCGUUUUUGCAUGACAGGCAAAAGGAUCUCUUCUUGGACACGCAUCACAAACUUUUUGGUCAUGCCAGACAAGCAUGACAAAUCUCGCUAUCUUCCAGACCCAGACAUUUUUGCAUUUGUUAGGACGGGUACCCGGUGUAUUUGACCGUUUUGGUAUCCAAAGGAAAAAACCGCCCUUCCCAUAUCAAAACGAAAUUUCUGAUGCUGGAAUUGUGUACACAAAUCCGAGCUGUCUUGCUGGAAAGCACUGCAGGCCCAUACUAAGUGUGAGGAGAGAGGUUUUGGCCUAGGCACUUAGCAUGAAAAACGUCCGCGCCGUAGGCCCAACAGCAUGACAGGCCGCCUGCGCAAUGCCGCGGAGCCUGCGGAGUUGCCUUCUUGCAAGACAGACGCCAUUUGUGGCCACAAAUCAGCAUCACAAAGAUUAUACUCUUGCAGCAUGGGGAGGGGGGAUGUUUCCUUUUGAUAUUUGGAGCACAUUUUCACCUUCGUCUUCGUGGUCGAGGCGACGAUGCGGUAUCUGGCGUUCGGGUGGCCGUGGCUGUUGGAAUUCUACAACGCCGCGGAUGUGUUUCUCAUCUUCUUCACCGGCGUCCUUGUGAUGUGGAUCCUGGAGCCGAUGGGCAUUGAGUCCGAGUUCAUGCGCAACUUUUCCAUCCUUCGGUUACUCCGCUUACUGAAACUGAUGCGGACGGUAUCCAAGAAAAAAACUUUGUUCGUGUAACUUUCGUUGGCUGACAGCAUCACAAAUUUGCUCUACAUAAUAGAGAAAGCCUGUCAUGCGUGGCUUGUGAGGGAAAACACACACGAAAAGAGGACUUCGUGACUGUCUGGCAUGACAGGCGUAACUCUGUUGCAUGUUCUGCAUCACAGAGUUAAGUACACUUACGCAGUUUUUUUCUCGCGAUAGACGGUCCGCGCGGUGCCGGAAUUCGAGCUCGUCUGGCGGUUGAUUCGCGUGGGCGUAAAGUCCGGGAAGCUGCUCAUGUGGGCGAUCUAUGCAUUGCAAAUAUGUCUGGGUCUGGAAAAAUGGAGCUUGUAUUGCGUGUCGAGGAUUCCAGAAAAAUCUGUAUUCCAUAAAAGCAACAAAAGCGCCGUGAUGAAAAAACGCAGUUUGUAUUAUGCGAACUAAGGAUGAGAAAGGGUCCAAAAGAAAUUUGUUAUGCUGCACUGCUCUUGCAGGCGUGGUCACUCACGGCCAUUCAGCAUCACAAAUUUCCAGACCCAGACACUUUUGCACUUGAUACGAUCAUCGACACGACCUUCAUCAUGUUCCUCUUCGGGAUUUUCUUCACCGUAUCCACUGCAAAAGUAUCGUAUUCGUAUUGCAAUCAUGCAUUACAAAUCUUUUUCUCAAUGUAAAUCCGCAUUAUUUUAUUUCUCAUCAUGCUGAGGAAAUUUGGAAUGCAUUCAUACGAGUGCGAUGCAUACUUUUGCAGUUCAUAUACCGUCUUGGUCGGAAAGGCGGACGCGUUUGUGCACGACGACACCAUCUUAUCCAAGAAAAAAAUUGUGUAAGUGUAAAUCUGUGAUGCAGAACAUGCAACAGAGUUACGCCUGUCAUGCCAGACAGCCAUGCAGUCCUCUUUUCAUGUUUGUUUUCCCUUACAAACCGCGCCUGACAGGUUUUCUCUGUCAUGUAGAGCAAAUUUGUGAUGCUGUCAGCCACAGAAAGUUACACUAACACAGUUUUUUCCUUGGAUACAUCCUGGAUCUCUUCGGCGACGUCCCCCGGUCCGCCUUCACCGCGUUUCAGGUCGGCACCCGGAACCACUGGACGGACAUCGUGCGGCACGCGCGGGACCGGUCCUCCUGGGCCUGGCCGUUGUCCAUGCUCUGCAUCACGAGCCUGAACCUGGUCAUGUUUAAUUUAGUGACGGCCUCGAUGAUUAUGUCGGUGUUUGACGAAACCAGUUCCGACAAGGAGAUCAGAAGGAAAGCGGCCGAAGCGAAGAAGGCCAUGCACUGGAAGAUUCUGGUGAACAUCUUCAAAGCGAUGGACGAGGACGAUUCCGGCGAGGUUUCGGCCCAGGAACUGGACCUAUGCAUAGGAAAAAUCGAUCUGGGUCUGGAACAGUGCAAGUUGUGAUGCUAAGACUGGAGAAGACAAAAAUCUGUGUUGCAUAGACGGCAAAAGAUAAGUACCCACUUCUUAGAACCACGCAGAGGGCGGGAUUUCUCAUGCGGAAUAGGGAUUAAGGCGCUCUUGCGCAAGCUGGGAUGCUUGUGGGCGCAUGACGGGCCAACUUUGUGUUCCACGAGAUGCGACGACAAACUUUGCUUUCGUCCCGACCCAGACAGAUUUGCACUUGAUAUGGCCAUGCCAUGAACAACAAUCCAGCGCUGCAAAGAAGGUUGAACGACAUCAACUUGCAUCGGGUACUAUACACUUUUCGUAUUUUUUCAGUGGAGUUCUUGUAAUAUUUCAUGGUUUGUAUGCAGAGUCACUGUUUUCCGCUUGAGAUGCUGCUGAUCUUUGAAAAGUCAUUUCAGUUUUUUUCGACGCAAAAUAUAGAUUCUGAAAACAAAACCACUUCCCAGGCCGCCAUGGGAGAUCUGUGGAGCAUCCUCGACGUGAACGGCGACGGGGUGCUCGACAUGGAAGAGUUUCUCGAGGGUAUGCGGCAGAUGGAGGGUCCCGCGAAGUCCUACGACCUGAUCAAGAUGAAUGUGAAGUGUUCCGGGCUGCAAAAACGGAUUCAUAAACUGGGUCACUGGUUCAUGGCCACCAUCCCGGAAGCCAAGCGACUCGCCAUGCUGGUCGACAACACGCACGGCAACAUGAUGUCGCUGUUCGGGCUGUUGCGGCCGCUCGAACGGGACGUGUUGCGGAUCGUCCGCCACAUGGCGGAGGAAAACGAGCUGAAGACUGACGAGUUUGGCAUGCCCACCAUCGACGAUAUCAGCUUCGGGGAAAAGAUAACGAUCGAGAUGCCAGCGGGCUGAGGAAAAAGCCGCGUUGCGUUGGGAGCACGUGCAACAGGUCCUCGUGGAGGCACGAUGCUUGUCGCUGUUUCAUGGUUUCAGGUUUCCAGAUGAAAUAACCGACAGUCGUAUUGACGCCCAAUGUACAUACAGCUACAGUGGAGGUUCCAAGAACAAAAUUAGUGAUUAGAGAAGUUGAUGCAAAAAAGAUUCGAAUAUUUCUGGCUGCCCAUCAGUAUCAGUACCGCAACAAAAACAGCGUGUCUUGUGAUUGGUCCAGCUUUCUCGUCGGCGAGCUGGAGAGAACAACUAGCUCGUAGGAGCGGAG